CGAUAGGUAGACAGUAGUAAACAGCUAGCAGUGUCAGCAGCGUUAGCAGUGUUAGCUCGGUGCAGCAGACGGUUGUGUUGUGGUGUCGCAGAUAAAUGUCCUCUAGUUGGAGGAGGAACGAUGUCUUCGGUCCACCGGCUGGUCAGCGGGGGGCUCCCUGCGGAUUUUGAAGAUGUUUUCCCGGUGUUUGAGAAGGCUGUGGUCCGCCAGGAGGAGGUGGACCGUCAGAGCAGACUGCUGGAUGUCAGCUGGCAGCCCGAAAUAAAGCUGCACAGAAUCGACCUCCAGUGUAACUGUAAGGAAAAUAUGGUUCUUGCUGGCCAGCAUCUCUACAAUGAGGAGAGGAACUCUAAUCUGGACCCUAAGGAACCAAAGUGUCCACGCAUUAAAGAGGAACAGGAGGAACUGUGCACCAGUCUAAACAGGGAAGUACCAAACUGUUGCCAGAUUAAAGAGGAACAGGAAGAACUCUGCACCAGUCUGAAAAAGAAGGAACCAGAUAAUCCACAGUUUAAAGAGGAACAGGAGGAACUCUCCACCAGUCUAGACCAGGAAGAACCAAAGUGUCUGCAGAUUAAAGAGGAACAGGAGGAACUCUACACCAGUCUGAAAAAGGAGGAACCAAAUUCUCCAAAGUUUAAAGAGGAACAGGUGGGUCUUUAUAUCAGUCUGUACAAGGAGGAACACAAUUUUCCACAGAUUAAAGAGGAAACGACAGAAUUUUACAACAGUCUGGAGCAGGUGAAACCAGAGUCUCCACAGAAUAUAGAAGAACAGGAAAACCUAUGCACCAGUCAGGUGGAAGAGGAGCUUGUACCGAGGCAAGAGACUGAUAGCCCUCUGGUGACCUCUACUCAUGAGGAAAGUGAUGAGCAUGCCAGCUCAGGAUUAAGUGAAAAGCUGAAGACAAGAAAAAGACAUCAGUGUAACAAUGGAGUAAAAUGUCCGAUGUCAGAGAGUCAGUGUGAUACUGACACAGAUGAAGACCGUAUCAAAUAUGACACUGGUACAAAGUCUCAAAUGAAAAACCAUGACAGACCCGACACAGGCGAGAAGCCUUAUUCUUGCAAGAAGUGUGAUAAAACUUUCACUUUCAGUUCUGGCAUUAAAAUCCAUAUGAGAAGCCACACAGGUGAGAGGCCGUAUUCUUGUGAAAUCUGCGGGAAAACUUUCACAAGAAGUGAUCGAUUGUCACUGCACAUGAGAACCCACACGGGUGAGAAACCGUAUCUUUGUAACACCUGUGGAAAAAGGUUUACAGACCCGUCUGCAUUUAGAAGACACGUAGCGAUCCACACUGGGGAGAAGCUGCACUCUUGCGAAACGUGUGGAAAAAGUUUCAGACAUACGAAUACUUUAUUGUGCCACACGAGAACUCAUACAGGUGAGAGGCCUUUUAUCUGUAACCUCUGCGGGAACAGAUUUAUCAACAAGUCAAAGUUGAAAAGACACACGAAAACUCACACUGGCGAGAAACCUCAUGUCUGUGACACGUGCGGCAAGGCAUUUAUUCGUUUGUCAAUGUUGAGAAAUCACAAGAGAACGCACACGGGGGAGAAACCUUACUCUUGCAAAACAUGCAGGAAAAAUUUCACUCAUGUCACAUCCUUGAAACAGCACUUGAAAAUUCACAUGGAUGAGCAUCAGGAAGGUCCGGUGGAGAAGAAAAUUUUAAGGAAGCCAAACUCGACAAAAAAGUAAGAAUUUGUGCAGAAUGUGAAACUUUAAAGUUUAAAAUGCCUUUAGACUGCCUAUAAGGUAGAGCAAGUUCAUUCCGCUUGACACUGUAUGAUGGACCUAAUAAAUCUAGUUUUGAUCCGUCAGACUAGAUAACAAUACCAUCAGUUAAGUGGUGGCACUAUUUCUACUUUUCACGUUGCAUAGCUUUUGUCAAUUUUACACUUUUCACUUGUAUUGAUUAUUUGCAUUUUCCAUUAAUCUCUCGAUCGUUUUUCCACUGAUAGAUUAGUUGCUGAAUGUCAGAAAAUUGUGAAAAAUCUGUGUUUCCCAAAGCCCAAAAUGGCAUCCUCAAAUGUCUUGUUUUACUAAAAAGCCAAAGAUAUUCAGGUGACUGUCAUAGAUUAGUCAAGAAACCAGAUUUUUUUUUUCAGAUUUCUGAGAUUUUUUCUGCUUUUUUUUCUAAAAGCAAAUUUUGCUCAGACAGAUUAGUCAUUUAUUAAUAUAAUGGGUGAUUAAUUUCAUAGUUAAGAACUAAUCUAUUAACCGUUGCAGCUUUCAUUGUUUACGUUCUGAAAACUUGUCUUUUUGUGGUACACUAUUAGAUUUAUUGAGGGACUAUCACUGAUUUCCACUGAUGUUGAAGAAAUCCUGAAAUUUUUGGGGCAAAUCAUGAAGCGUUGCCAUUCCUGUGCAAUCAGUAGCCCCCUUUUUUCCUACAGUUUCACAUGUAUUGCAAAGGAAAAUGUCCGUAAAACUAAAAGUUUGCUGUGACAGGUUUAUCAUGAAUCACCAAUAAUGAAGAAUGAAAUCACAGGAGCUGAAGUUUGGUUCGUUGCUCCCAGCUAUUUAGGAUUAUUUCCUCUAAAUUUAUUAAACACCUGAGUCUGAGUCACAUGAGUCUCCAGAGGUAGAGCUGCUGCAUUUACACACAACCACAGUAUCUUAGUGAACUAUUCAUGAAUGUUCUUAGAAAUUUUAUCCAACACAGAUAAAGAAUUGAUGAAGUGACUUUUGUCAGAAUGACUGAAUGCAGUGACUUUUAAGGAACCGACGAAGCAGCAGUUUUACAUCUCUAAUGUCUGAGAAGGGCUUUAUUUAAUUGAAAUCCUAUCAAAGGGGCUUAAAUGUCCAAGAAGAUGUUACCAAAGCAUUAAAACACAAAUCAAAAUCCCAGCAAUAUGAACUUUUACACGAUAUUCAGAUUUGUCUAUGCGAAUAUGUAGAGUGUGUCAUGCUAUUUAAGUCCUUCGUCUGGGAGGAUUUUUUUUUUUUAAGUUUAGAGAACUCAUCAAGCUUUUUCAAAUCUGGUGACCCCAUAUCCUGUUUAAAGUAAAAAUCUUUCAUGGUCAGUCUUAUAUCUUUUAAAAUGCAGCUCCUUUCGGUUCUUUCCUCCACCAGAUUUGUUUUUUCUGGGUCACUUCAAGUAAUUUUUUUGUUUUGUGACUGCCUGAAUUGUUUUCUUUAUGUUAUUUGUGGAUGAUGAAUUCUGAUUCUGAGGAAAAACUCAGGUGCUGCCUGCUGACUGAAGCCUUUUAUGUUUUAAAAAUCAUUUUGUCUUUUUUUGUGUGUGGGAAUUUUUUUAAAGCUGCUACAUGAAUAAACAAAACAUUUUGCUGACGUGAA